CACACACAGUUGGAGACUUGGAGUAGGCUAUCAAACAGAUGAUGCCUUUAUAGUGAUUACCCAGCCAUUGCAGUCAUGAUUAAGUUUAGCCAAUUAGCCUAUAUCACGACUUCGUGAUAAAAUGCCAUGUCGCAGGGCUGAGUUUUAUAGCCUGCCUUUGAUGUUGAUGUGCACUUGCUCACUGUGCGCUAAACACCAGAGCGUCUUGAUGUGCGACAGAAACCAUCCUAUUUCGGUGGACACAGAUCAACACCGAGAGAGAGAGAGAGAAAGCUGAAACUUCAAUAUUCUGCCUCGAAGGUCAGAGCCAACCUAGACUAAAUCAAAUAGGAGUGUUGCUUUUUAGAUUUAACGAUUUUAUUUCAGAUGUCUCCCAUUCCAUCAUUGCACUGGGACAUGAGAGAGUGGGAUUAGGGGAUAGGCUGUAUUGCGCAUGGUGCUUUAUCAGAGGGGCUUUGAUAGGCCUAUCGGUUGUGACAGUCGGACUGCGCCUGCCUGGAAUACAGGUGUUCUUUGGUCAAAUAUGGACGCAGAGCACAUCAUGCACAGUGAGCAGAUUGUCAACACUCGCGACUUCAUCAUCUCAGUUAAAUGCACCUCCGACAUCUCGGGGAAAUCGGCAUUCGGUGGAAGAUGAGGUUGUAGCCUUGACCACUACGGUAGUGGCCACGUCUGUGAAUGGGGAUCUCUCGGUGGAUUGUAGCAUUUUUCAUUGAUUAUUCAUCUCUGUGCGCCCUCAAUCGAAUGCAGUUCUGACCGUAGGAUGCUUGUUUAGCCUACUAUGGCCGUUUCGAAUUAACACCCGGUGAUUAUUACAUGUUGUUAUCUCAGUGAUCAUUCAUUCAGAAGAUUCCUCCUCAGUAGUAUUCGUAAUAUCUCUCGGAUACCCAGCCUACCAUUCAAUAAAGAUAAGGAAAACGGUGGCGGACCCAAGCACAGUGCAAGCUGCAAGGCUUUAGUAGGCUGAACACUCGCCCAGAGGGGAGCAGUUUAGUCGGGGAGAUCAUGUCACAUUGACGCGGCCGGGAUGUGCUUUGUGCUUGAUUAAAGCUCUGUGUGUGAACUGUUCGUAAAUGUAAAAACCUUUAGAGAUUGAAUGAUGGUACCUGGGGCUCCUACAACCAUGCUUCCCGCUUCCGAGGCUGCCAAAAUCUACCAGACCAACUACGUGAGGAACUCCCGCGCUAUCGGGGUUCUGUGGGCCAUCUUCACCAUCCUCUUCGCUAUAGUCAACGUGGUGUGCUUUAUCCAGCCCUACUGGAUCGGAGACGGGAUGGACACGCCGCAGGCCGGUUACUUCGGCCUCUUCCACUACUGCAUCGGAAACGGGCUGUCCCGGGACCUGACGUGCCAGGGCAGCUUCAUGGAGUUCAGCACGAUCCCUUCCGGCGCCUUCAAAGCCGCGUCCGUCUUCAUCGGGAUGUCCAUGGCGCUGGUCAUCGGAUGCAUCGGCUGCUUCACCCUCUUCUUCUUCUGCAGCACUGGCACGGUCUACAAGAUCUGCGGCUGGAUACAGCUGGCUGCGGGUACGUGCCUGAUUCUGGGCUGUAUGAUCUACCCAGACGGCUGGGACAGUGACGAGGUGAAGAGGAUGUGUGGGGAGCAGACAGACAAGUACACCCUGGGAGCGUGCUCCGUGCGCUGGGCCUACAUCCUGGCUAUCAUGGGCAUCAUGGACGCCCUGAUACUCUCCUUCCUGGCCUUCGUCCUGGGAAACCGUCAGGAUGGGCUGAUGGCUGAUGAACUGCUGGAUAAGACUGGUAAUUCCAUAUAGACAGCCAAAUACUGUACAAAGGUGUCGGUGCCCAUCAGAGGUAAAGAUAAUGUAACACAACGUUCCAGCUUCAUACCUGUCACUCUGGAGGUGGAAAGGAGAGCUACUGCUGUUGGAAAGAACAGAACGAGAAAAAGACGAAUUAAUGAAAGGAGGAGACAUCCACUCCAAGAGAACCCACUUAGUAAAGACCAACCCCUACAGCCCUUUCUCACCCAGACAUGACCUUGAGAGCAACAACAGAUGGAAGACUUCAUAUUGUUUUAUGAAAUCCGUGACUGAGUAGACACAGUAGGCCGAUUGCUUUAUGGGCGGCAGAUAGCCUAGUGGUUAGAGCAUUGGGUCAGUAACCGAAAGGUCGCUGGUUUGAAUACCUGAGCCGACAAGGUGAAAAAAAGUCUGCCGUUGUGACCCCUGAGUAAGGCACUUAACCCUGAUUUGCUCCAGAGGUGCUGUACUACUAUGACUGACCCUGUAAAACAACACAUUUCACUGCACCUAUCCAGUGUAUGUGACAAAAAAACAUAUUAGGAAACAUAUGAGAAAAGUUUUGUUUGUGAAAAAGACCUUGAGAUUCUGUCCCACCAUUCAAGGCCCUAGCAUAGAAAAACACAAAUUAACCCAGCGUUUCCCAAACUCAACCCUGGGGAUCCCAAGGGGUGCACAUUUUGGUUCUUGCCCUAGCAUUUGACCCAACUAAUUAAAAUAAUUAACUAAUCACCAAGCUUUGAAAACUUGAAUCAGCUGUGUAGUGCUUGGGAAGAAAAAAAAAGCAUGCACCCCUUGGGAUCCCCAGGACCGAGUUUGGGAAACGGUCAACUAACUCAUGACCACACAUGACCGCUAGGCUACAGCAUUGGAUUGUUCAGACGUCUGAUCAAACAGAGCUGUCGUCUUUAUUGUGUCAAACUCACCUCUGGACCACGUGUACCUGAACUGUGGAUUCCUUCUUGACUUGUGUUCCACUCUUUGCUCUUCAUUGGGCUCAUCAUUGUAAGUUUACAGUGGGUGAGCAUGGUCCAUGAGAACUGUAAGCACUGUCUGGCUUGCUGAGCCACCUUACUGGACUCUGUGGUGGAAGGGUCAGCGGUACCUGGGAACCUUUGGACGUCCCUACACAAAACCCUAACCUUUACCCUUACCUUAACCUUUUUAAAUAGAAUCUUCAACUGGGUGACAUCAGAAUUGGCCCGUCCCAAGGAUCACAUUUAGACGUGUCCGUACUGGAAGACAACGGCUGAACAGAGAGCGAUGCUCCACCACUGACACCACAUUAAAUGUGACCAAGUUGUAGGUAAAGAAGAAAUCUUGUAGCUGUAAUGAAUGACUGUUGUGAUAGAAUCAGCGAGGUAGAGAUCAGAGCCAUGUAGGACUAGAGGUCAAGAGCAGGCUGCCAAUCAUUGUGUCCUCGGCAACCCUGGAGAAAACCAUGCUGAAGAACCAUGUAUUAAGUAGAAGAAAAGGCCUAUUAACAAAUACAAAUAGCUGUUCUACGUGUUGGAAUAUUAUUUUGUCUCGACUACGAUAUUUACAAUCGAUGCAGUAUGUUAAAGCUAUUGAUUCACUUCAGAUGUGUGUGCCAUACAAUGUAUACAGACAGUAUUGUAGAGUAUUGCCAUUUUACUAUGGGAAGAAGUGUUUCCAUAAAGUGUGGCUCAGUGUCUUGAAUUGUAUUAUCUGGGAAUAUAACCUUAGAAUCUAUCUGCAACUUUAUCACUAGUAGCAAUGUGUCGUUAACAGAAAGUCAUUCUUGCUCUCUAUCCAGCACAUUUUAUCAAUGAAUAAAAAUACAAUUUCUUGAAGGUCAAAAUAUGGACGUUAUGGCCGUAUAAAGGGACAGAACUGGUUGAAAAGAUCAGUAGCCUCCAGAGCCCAUGUAAACUCAAGUCACGUAGUUUACCACUGUCACACAAACAGGGCUGCAACACAACUUUCUAACUAUUAUUUCAGCAGUCUACUGCCAGCAGCAUAGCACCCUGCAUCCCACUGCUGGUUUGCCCCUGAAGCAAAGCACGGUUGGUCCCGGUCAGUCCCUUGAUGGAAGACCAGAUGCUGCUGGAAACGGUGUUGGAGGGCCAAUAGGAGGCACUCUUUCAUCUGGUCUAAGGAGAUCCUAAU